UUGAAGCCAGGAAAUGUGAUUGAGAAAAAAGGAAGGAUUUAUGAGGUGGUAAAGGCACAACAUACAACCCAAGGAAGAGGAGGAGCUAUUAUACAGGUGGAGCUCCGUGAUGUUGAUAGUGGAAGCAAGUCGAAUGAAAGAUUUCGUACAGAUGAACCUGUUGAAAGAGUAUUUGUUGCAGAAAAGAGUUUCACGUACCUUUAUACAGAUGAUGAAACCGGAAACAUUGUGCUAAUGGAGCCUGAGACCUAUGAGCAACUAGAUGUACCAAAACACUUGUUUGGUGAAUCUCAUGUCUACCUUCAAGAUGAUAUGAAAGUCAGUGUGCAAAUGUAUGAUGGAAGAGCAAUGUCUGCAUCAAUUCCUACACGAGUAACAUGUACUGUUGCUGAAUCCGAAAUUCCCAUGAGGGCGUCAGCUACUCCACAGUAUAAGAAGGUUUUGUUGGACAAUGGUCUCACUGUGCAGGUACCAAAACAUAUCUUAGAAGGGGACAAGAUUAUCGUUAACACCACCGACAACUCUUACAUGAGCAGAGCUUAGGAGCAGGACUUUAUUGGAUAACUUCGGAAUGAGAGCGAUCGGCGAAUUAUUGAUUAUUGACAAGCAAGGUUUUGAGUUAAAUCUACUAUUGACAAAUAGUUGGAGUUUAUUAGAAUCACAAAUUACAGUACAUUUUUUUUGGGCAGAGUGUUUACAUGAGAAGCAUAUCUUGAAAGUGCGAUUUUAAGUUUUUCAUAAAGCCUUAACUUAUGUGGUACUACAGGGGGCAGAAUGUUUAUCAGAAUAAAGAUCACCCCAAUUGAUGCUG